ACUUUGGACGACUGGCCGUUUCGCGGACAUCACGAUUGUCACUGACACUGAGAAAUUCAAAGCACAUAAAGUUGUUUUAGCUGUUCAGAGUCCAGUUUUCACUUCAAUUUUCGAAGAUAAGAUGAAGGAUCGACCAUCUGAUGAAAUUCAUAUGAAAAAUAUAAAUACAAAAACUGUGAAAAUUUUCCUGAAAUUUCUCUACACAGAUGAAAUCGAAAAAGAAGAAAAUUCAAAUUUGUUGCAGCUUUUCUCUCUCGCAGCCAAGUUCAAAGUAGAGAAUUUAAUGACAAUUCUUGAAGGGAUUAUCAUAAACGGUCUAAGCAAUGACAACGCGAUUGAAAUAUUCGAACUUGCGUGUCGUUUCAAUUGUGAUGGGUUGAAGACUUCAGCAUUUAAAGUCAUUCAAUCAAUGUUUGAUGAACCACUGAAAGAUGAAUUGAUAAACCAACCGGAAGUUGUAAAAGAACUUGCUGGAGUGUUUGAAGAUUUGUGA